AUGCCAUCCGAGGGGCUCGUCCGGUCCAGGAUCGACAGGCUCUUCUACCACCACGGACUCGUCUGUGCCUCGAGGCCCUACUCAACGCUGCUUUUCUCCUUCGCCCUCAUCAUAUAUCUUUCCUACCCGGUGCUGUCGUCCACCAACAAGACCAAUCCCUUUGUCCAUCUGAUCGAGGAGCACCGAGCCUGGGAUGAGCUGCACACCCGCCCAACCGAUUCGUGGCUGCUGAACCUUGGGCGCUUCGUUCUCUACCAAGCCUCGUCCGCCUCAGCCAGCUCCGUGGUGCUGCUGCUCUGCUAUGCCAUCGUCUUUGUCUACAUUUCGCUGGUGAUGCAAAAGAUCGACCUGGUCAAGUCCAAGUUCGGGAUCGGAUUCGGCGCCAUCCUGAUGGUCGUUGCGUCGAUGCUCAUGGCCGUUGGGCUCUGCAUCCUGAUGGGCUUUGACCAGUUGAACCAGCUCGUGCCGUGGUACGAGAUUCUGCCCUUCCUGAUCAUCGCCAUCGGUGUCGAGAACAUCCUCAAUCUCGUCAAAGCCAUCGUCCAGACCUCCAUGGACCUGCCCGUCAAGAAGCGAGUCGGUCUUGGCCUGAGCCAAAUCGGCUCCAAGAUGGCGCUGUCGAUGGGCUACCAGAUGCUGUUUCUGGUCGGCGGAUCACUCAUCGACAUCCCGGCCCUCCAGGAGUUCUGUCUCGUGGCUUCGCUCGCCGUCGUCAUCGGUUUUUUGCUCCAAAUCACGUUUUUCACCGCCAUUCUAUCGAUCGAUAUCCGGCGCCUCGAGCUGUCGGACCUUUAUCGAUUGAAGAACCCGGCUCAUUCCGCCGACGGGAAAGCCAAGGAAGGGCAGAGGAAGCAUCUGCCCCGCAGUCUUGUGCUGACAUUUUUGAUCAUGUUGUGUCUUGGAUUCGGUCUUUACGAGAGCUAUGGCAGCCGCCGCCAAGUCGGACGCCCCAUUGCACCCCUUCCCGAGGCAACGUCGGUCGUUCACUAUGAUCCCAACACAGAGAACGAGUACGGCCAAGCGGCAGAGUCGUUGUCGGCAUCAGAUCGCCCAUCUGUUUGGCCGCCAUCACUCCCUACUGCUUCGGGGUCCGCUGGUCCAUCGAGCACGGGUCCCGACGGGCAAAUCAAUCGUGCGGACCAUGAGCCGAAUGCAACUACCCCGGCGGCAUCGUUUGACGCUGUGAUCAAGUUCCUCCGCGCUCCGGUUCUGAUCGUGGGCCUGGUCGUCAGUCUGCUCGUCAGCAUCUUUGCCUGUAUCGGCUUGACGGGAUUCCUGGACUGGGUGCUCAAGCGAGUCAUCUUUGCUGGCUUGAAAAAGGUGGCCAGCAUUAUAUUUUGGCAGUACAGCCCAGAAGUGAGUCCUGUCGAUGACCAUGACGGAGAUUGGCCCGAUGCUGCAGAAUCGCUGUGGUCUGGCGGUCGCGAUCCUGCGCACACAGCAAACCCCACGCUCGCACCGCCCAAGAUCCUCUACGAUCGCAUCCGCAUCGCCACGAUCAAAUCCUCGCUUCCGUAUCCCGUUUCAAACGCCAAACUCAUCUACAAGGACGAGGGCGAUGCCGAGACCGGGCGCCACGGGUUUCAGCAAGUACUCUGGAAUCGCCUGGAAAAGCUGGUCUACUGCGACUUGCUGAGUCUGCGGCCGCUGCGAUCGACGCCAUCGGCUUCGAGCCUGUGUCGCACUUUGGCUCGGUACAGCACAGACUAUGGCACCCGCAUCAUCGCCCUUGAGCACCAACCGAAAUACCGACUCGUUAUUGUCGUGCUUGAUGAUGGCCAUAUCGACAUCUGGGAUACAGUUGACUGGAAGCGUCAGCGUCUCUUCAAGAUCAUGCUCGGCGCCUACAAGAUCACGGCUCACUGCUUCUUUGACUUGCCGGUCUUGGACAGCACGGUUCCUCAAAAGCCUGAACAACCCCUGUCGGCUGGGCCCACACUCCGGGAAGGCGCGCUGUGCAUCGCCCUCUCUAACGGUGACCUGUUUACCCUUGUUUACACCCGCCCGUCGGAGCACUUCGGGUUCCACAACAUCCAGCGGCAUGUGCCGAUAACCACCAUUGGAUCAUGCCUCGCCGGCCUGCAAUUAUUCAUCGGACUGGCCGACGGCUCCAUCGUAGCCCUGGACUCGAUGUUUCAGGCGCACGAACGGCCGGGGUCUGGCGUCCCGAUAGGCCAGCGAACCUUUAGUGGCCACGCCGACAAGAUCACCCAUUUGAAUCACCAAGCUGAUCUCAAUGUCCUUUUCAGCGGCGACGCCAAGGGACAAGUCCGCAUAUGGAGCUGUACCACUGGCGAGUGUCUGCUUGUCCUGGAGGCCGAGCCCGCGACUGCGCCAGGCCUUGCACCGCUCUCUGGCUGCUUGCGCUCCGACUCUGCCAACGGAAUCCGCCUCAAGGCACCUCGCCAAUGCUCCAGUCGAGUCUUGUCGAUCGAAGUGUACACGGCCAGCCAAACCAUGCUCGACUCGGCAGUGCAUCUGCAUGUGCAGAAGGAAUCGCGCUUGAUUGUGGCUGUGGCAACGCAAUUCGACAAUCUGAGUCUCUUUGAGGUUGUGCUCCGAUCUCGCUCGGCUCAAGGCGACCCCGGAAGAGAUACAACCCCUCUGGUCGAGGCACCGCGCUCCCACAACAGCGCCGGCUCGGCGAUCACUGUGGUGCGGACACGGCUGAUCCUCAACGAACAGGUCAACGGCUGUGGAUUUGUUCGGAUCGUGGACACGGACAAACUGCUUGGAUUCCAGCGUCGGGCCGUCUCGGAAAGUAGCAUACGCAGCUGGGAUGGACGCUAUGUCUGGGACGCCACCGACGACGAAUAUGCCCCCUCUGGGAACGCACGCAAGUCGCGGCCGAGCCAGGACUCGCAAAACGAUCGCCAGUUGUGGGUCUGGGAAAUGUGGCUGGUGGAUCUGCAUGAUCGCUUCCAGACCAGUCUCUCUCCCGAGCCCAGCGUGGUCCAAUCCAAGUUUGACUCGAUCGUCACUCAACGCAUCGCAGUUGGGCUCGACGACUUUGACGGCGAGAACAUGAUGGCGUGGGAGCGAACAACACCUGCGCCUGGUCCGUCCGAGAGCCAGACAAGCGACCCGCUCUCGUGGCUCUGGAACCCACCUGCCCAGCCAUCGCCACUGUCUCCAGCGCAGCCCAGUCAUGGCCAUGCCGCUGCUUCAAGCCUCGCUGAUCCUCGCGAUCCAUCUAAAAACUCAGCUCCUCGAUUCGGUGUCGCUGUCGCCGUCCUGGAGGAGCAGGGCUUGGUUCCUGCCACCACCAUCCCGAGACAGUCUGUGGUCGAUACCCAGUCUGCGACAUGGUCGAUGCACAGCUACGAUCGUGUUGCGACUCAUGUGCCGCAGGAUGGAUCGCCGCUCGCGUACAUCUACGACUCGGAUUCGCAAACGCAAAGUGACUCGACUGAAGGCGACGAUGAAGGCGGCCGGUAUCACUCCGACAACGGCCCAUGGACGCCGGGCCCCUCGCUGUUUGGCCAUGUGGCACCGCCAUCGGUGGUGGGGCUUGCCGACCACCAUUCCACCCCACCGAUUGCUGCUCCAACAUGCACAGACGAGGCUGCGAUGCCCGUCUCUGUCUUUGAAAUCAGCGGGGUCGAUGCCGUUGCUCACAGCAGCGACAUGCUUCUGUGCGCCAUUCCCUUUGGCAACUUCCUCAAAGUAGUCGAGGUUGGCAAACACAGCCCGGGAGCUGGUCAUGGCAGCGGCGCCGGAAGCAAGCGACGGAGCAGCGCUGGCAUCGCCGAUCCAGCCGAAGACGGACGGCUAGGACUCGGUCGAUCAGAGUCCGGCACCACGCUGAUUGCCCAGACAUCUGGCCUGGCGCUGUCCUCCAUGUCGGCGCCAUCGACACAUCUGGCUACCGGCCGCAAGAAGCGGGACUGA